GUUUGCGGGAAAAGGCGGUGAUUACCUCUCUAGGCAUAUUGGGGCUUGUAGUUGGAGAGGUUCUGUGAAGGUUCCGGGUAACGCCUUCUGGUCCGGGGAUGGUAGGUUGUAGCGCUGCUUGACUGUGAAGUGGAGCAACUGACUACAAGGAGCACAGUGAGAUCCGAAAGACUACGCAGCGGGACGGGAGACGGGCUUGGGUUUGGGGGACAGCCGGGCAGAACAUCUAAAAUGCCCCUGGCAACGUGACUGCUCCGAGCCCGAGGCAGGACCUCACCAGACCCAUCCGGUGAACAUUGACCGGACUUUAUUUCCAGCAGCCAUCUAGGCCUCAUCCGAGCCCCAAUGCUGUGUGGCUGCUAUUCCUGAACGAGGAGAUGGCGUCCCCAAGCCCACCGCUGGAGCCAAAGGAGGAGUGGAAUUAUUUGGAUCCAGCUCAGAGAAGCCUGUAUAAAGAUGUCGUGAUGGACAGCUAUGGAAACCUGGCCUCACUGGAUGUCUUAAACAGAAAUAAAGAUGAAGAGGCAACUGUGAAAGAAGAAAUUGAGGAAGACAUUGAACCACAGGGUGUAUUAGUCACGAGAAUCAAAAGUGAAAUGGAUAAGGAUCCUAUAGGAAGAGAAGCCUUUGAACUUGUUGGUAGAUUAGAUAAACAAAGAGGGAUCUUCUUAUGGGAAAUACCACGUGAAUCCCUGAACCAGGAACAGAAAAUGUUCAGAGGACAUUCUAAUGUUUGUAAGAGACCAAACUCAGAAGAGAAGUGUCAUAAAUGUGAAGAAUGUGGCAAGAGUUUUGUCCGCAAGGCUCAUUUCAUUCAGCAUCAAAGGGUCCAUACUGGUGAGAAACCUUUUCAGUGCAAUGAGUGUGGGAAAAGCUUUAGUCGAAGCUCAUUUGUUAUUGAACAUCAGAGAAUUCACACUGGGGAACGGCCCUAUGAGUGUAAUUACUGUGGGAAAACCUUCAGUGUGAGCUCCACCCUCAUUAGGCAUCAGAGAAUCCACACUGGAGAAAGGCCUUACCAGUGUAGUCAGUGUAAGCAGAGCUUCAGCCAGAGAAGGAGCCUUGUUAAACAUCAAAGAAUUCACACAGGGGAGAAACCCCAUAAAUGUAGUGACUGUGGAAAAGCCUUCAGCUGGAAAUCACACCUUAUUGAGCACCAGAGAACACACACUGGUGAGAAACCCUAUCACUGUACCAAAUGCAAGAAAAGUUUUAGUCGAAACUCACUGCUUGUUGAACACCAGAGAAUUCACACUGGAGAAAGACCUCAUAAAUGUGGUGAAUGUGGAAAAGCUUUUAGAUUAAGUACAUAUCUUAUACAACACCAGAAAAUACACACUGGUGAGAAGCCUUUUCUUUGUAUCGAAUGUGGGAAAAGUUUCAGUCGGAGCUCAUUCCUUAUUGAACAUCAGAGGAUUCAUACUGGUGAACGUCCUUAUCAGUGCAAAGAGUGCGGGAAAAGUUUCAGUCAGCUUUGCAACCUUACUCGUCAUCAGAGAAUUCACACAGGAGACAAACCCCACAAAUGUGAGGAAUGUGGAAAAGCCUUCAGUAGAAGCUCAGGUCUUAUUCAGCAUCAGAGAAUACAUAUCAGGGAAAAGACUUCUCCAUACAAUGAAACUAAGGGAAGUUUUGAUCCAAAUUGCAGUCUUGUGAUACAGCAGGAAGUCUGCCCUAAGGAAAAAUCUUACAGAUGUGAUGACUGUGGGAAGACUUUCAGUGUUAGUGCUCAUCUCGUACAACAUCAAAGGAUCCACACUGGUGAAAAGCCCUACCUGUGUACUGUCUGUGGGAAAAGCUUUAGUCGGAGCUCAUUUCUUAUUGAACAUCAAAGAAUCCACACUGGUGAGAGACCUUACUUGUGCAGACAAUGUGGCAAAAGUUUUAGUCAACUUUGUAAUCUUAUUCGACAUCAGGGUGUUCACACUGGUAAUAAACCCCAUAAAUGUGAGGAAUGUGGAAAAGCCUUUAGCAGGAACUCAGGUCUUAUUCAGCACCAGAGAAUACACACAGGAGAGAAACCUUAUAGGUGUGAAAAAUGUGACAAAAGUUUUAGUCAACAACGCAGCCUUGUCAACCAUCAAAAGAUGCAUAUAGAGGUGAAAACCCAAGAAAUUUAUGAAUGUGAUGCUUGUGGUGAGGCCUUUAAUUGUCAGAUUUCUUUAAUUCAGCAUCAAAAGUUGCAUAUUAUGUGGAUGCAGUAAAGUUAUAGACACGUUAAUGCUCAAAUGUGAGACUAGCUACCGAAGUGCAGUUUUAGUAUGGCCUAACAUGGGUCAAAUUUAGUGAGAAAGCAAAUUCUCCUUGGUUUCUGAAGCUCCUAUGAAUAGUGGUCAUUGUGGGAAACUGACUUGUGAUUACUUGUUGCUUUCGUACCCACAGAGAUAUGUUGGUUUAUCUAAGCCUCUAGCCUUUCAGUUAAGUUGACUGGGAAAAGCAUAUGGGAAAUGUUCUGAAGGACAAAGUAAAAUUAGGUAAGGGAGCUGGGAGCAACUGAUACUGAAAAGCUAGGAAUAAUUUAAAAAGUCUAUGUUAUAUCCUGUAGUUGCUGUUCAGCUCCUUGAGAUUUAGCUGUUCAUGUCAAACCCCAAUGAUUAAGCAAAUGUAAUUCUUGAAAGCCCAGAUGUUUUCAAAGUCACCAUACAGUGUUUUUCACUGUUUAAGAAAGUUGUGUGGAAAAUUAGUUUGUGAAAGAUGGGAGCUCCAGUGCUUCCCAGGUUGAUAAAGUUAUAAAGGUAUUUUUAAGUAAGUAAACCAAUAAACGUCUUACCAAGGAAUCUUUGGGAGUGCCUUCUCCUGAUCCCCAAAGUGGGCCCCAAAAGAUUGAAAAUUACUGGUUUGUUUUGUGCUGUCUCAUCUGUGAAAUCUGUAAUACUAUAUCAACAUAAGCUUAUUAUUUCUGCAUAAUCAGGAGCGUGAACCUGGACAAAUUUUGAUUAACAAGAAUUGGAAGUUUAAAAAAAGACCUAAAGUAUAUGCUAGGAAGAGGAGAUAUUUUCAUAUUGCUUUAGGUUUUAUGAUAGAUUUGCAUGCAAAUUUUAAGUCCUUAUUUCUUGUUUCUAGGUCUUCCUUUAGUUAAUACUUAUAUACCUAAUGAUUUCUCUAUCUUAAUCAUUAAAACCUAUUUGGGUUUUUGC